AUGAGUACUCUGGCAAGAUGGCCGCCCGGUUGUUUUGAUGAAUAAUCCUGAGUGAGGCUACGGGGAUUCGGCCGGGGAUCGCACUUCUCGGUAUUCGGUGUUGUUAACCGAGAGUUUUGUGUGAUUUGUCCGCUUCCUGCGGGUGAGGCGGUGCGGGUCGUGUUGCCGGGAGCCUCUCGCCGUGUUUGUUGCUGGGUUUUUACCUCAGACGAUGCAGGUUUGAUCCGAGAGGGCCCUGUGUUCUGCUCGCCUUUCCCCGUCCCUGACUCGGUCCCCACGCCUCAGUCACCAUUAAAAGGAAAACUAUGGAGGAGCUGAGCGCUGACGAGAUUAGACGUAGGCGCCUGGCUCGGCUUGCUGGUGGGCCUUCUUCACAACCCACAACACCACUAACUUCUCCACAGAGAGAGAAUCCUCCUGGACCUCCAGCGGCAGCUCCAGCCCCAGGUGGUCUGAAUGUUCAGGGCAUAACCCCAGCUACCUCCCCCAUAGGAGCAUCAGGGGCGGCCCAUCGAAGUCAGAGCAGUGAAGGCGUCAGCUCGCUCAGCAGUUCUCCAUCAAACAGCCUCGAAACCCAGUCCCAGUCGCUCUCUCGUUCUCAGAGCAUGGACAUUGAUAGUGUGGCCUGUGAUAAAAGCAUGUCCCAGGUGGAUGUGGACUCAGGAAUUGAAAACAUGGAAGUAGAUGAGAACGAUCGUAGAGAGAAACGAAGCCUCAUAGAUAAGGAGCCCUCUACAGGAUCUGAAGUAUCAGAGGAACAGUCUUUACAGCUGGUCUGUAAAAUCUUCCGAGUGUCCUGGAAGGACAGAGACAGAGAUGUCAUCUUCCUCCGGUCGCUGUCAUCUCAGUUUAGUCGGAAUCCAAAAGAAGUGUUUUCCAAUUUUAAGGACCUUAUUGGGCAGAUUUUAAUGGAAGUACUGAUGAUCUCAACGCAAACAAAAGACGAUAACCCAUUUGCCAGUCUGACAGCCACAUCACAGCCAAUAGCUGCUACACGGAUACCAGAUAGAAGUUUAAUGUUAAAUUCUGCCUCUAAUCCCGGCACAAGUCCGAUGUUCUACAACACUGUUUCCUUCAGUUCAAGCUCAGUAUCCAGUCUGUACAGUGCGAGUCCAGUUGUCAGUGUUGCAUCUGGUGUGCCAUUAACUGGUUCCACAAACCUUCCUCUGCCUAAUACCCAGCCCUCCACCACAGAGCGCUCUGUGUCUGGCAACCCUCACAUCAUUGCAAGCCCAGCAGUAGAACGUGUCUCGUCAACCCGUUUCCAUCCUUAUACAGUUGUACAAUCAGGACCCUUGCCCAUACCUCUCAGUUCACGGUCUACCAGCAUCUCCCCCAUUAUGUACAGCUCACCAAGUCCUCAUGCUACCUCAAGCAGUCCUCUAGCUGUGCCAUUCAUCUCACCCAGACAGAGACCUUCCACCUCUGUAUCUCCCAGAACGUCCCCAAGGCAAAGUCGGAUCCCCACUAGCAUUUACGACAACCCUUUGUCGCUCCUCUUCCUCUCCCGUUCUGAUGAGGCUGAGGACAGCGGUGACGAGGAGAAUAAUGAAGAGGAUUUUACUAGUAUCCAGUUUGGGUCCAGUGGUGCCAGUAGCACAGAAUCCAGCAGUGAUCACUUUACCAUUGAAGCAUGCAAGGAGACGGAGUUGCUAAACUACCUCAUAGAGUGCUUUGAAAGAGUGGGAAUUGAGGAGAGGAAAGCACCAAAGAUGUGCAGCCAGCCAGAUGUGAGUCAGCUCCUCAGUAAUGUUCGCUCACAGUGUAUUAACCAUGCUGCUUUGGUGUUACAGGGCGCUCUGACACAGCCAAGGUCAGCGCAGCAGCCGUCGCUCCUGGUGCCAUACAUGCUCUGUAGGAACCUGCCAUUUGGUUUUAUCCAAGAACUUGUAAGGGCGACAUACCAGGAUGAAGAGCUGUUUAAACAGAUUUUCAUUCCCAUCCUGCAAGGAUUAGCUCAGGCUGCUAAAGAGUGUUCUCUGGACAGCGACAACUUUAAGUACCCUCUAAUGGCCUUGGGUGAGCUAUGUGAAAUAAAGUUUGGGAAGACUCAUCCUGUGUGCUGCUUGGUGUCUUCCUUGCCCCUCUGGCUGCCCAAACCCCUGAGCCCCGCUAGCGGACGCGAGCUGCAGCGACUCUCCUACCUUGGUUCAUUCUUCAGCCUUUCUGUAUUUGCCGAGGAUGAUAAUAAAGUGGUGGAAAAAUAUUUUUCUGGACCUACGAUAACUCUAGAAAAUACGAGAGUGGUCAGCCAGUCUUUACAGCACUACUUGGAAUCUGCACGGCAAGAAUUGUUUAAGAUUUUGCACAGUAUUCUUCUAAAUGGGGAGACCAGGGAGGCGGCCCUUAACUACAUGUCCUCUAUUGUCACAGCCAACAUGAAAAAGGCACAGCUGCAGGCGGAUGACAGGCUGGUAUCAACAGACGGAUUCAUGCUGAAUUUUCUGUGGGUGCUGCAGCAGCUUAGUACGAAGAUCAAGUUAGAGACUAUUGAUCCUAAGUAUAUUUUUCAUCCCAAGUGUCGAAUCGCAUUACCGAACGACGAAACACGCAUUAAAGCCACCAUUGAAGAGCUGACCAGUUGGAUGUCUGACUUAAAUCAAGAUCCUUCAUUUUUCUCGGAGCCCAAGUUUCCGACAGAGUGUUUCUUUUUGACAUUACAUGCUCAUCAUCUUGCCAUCCUGCCAAGCUGUCGGCGCUACAUCCGACGACUCCGCGCUAUCCGUGAGCUUAACAGGCUCUUAGUGCGACUCUGUCGUACUUUAGCUCCUUUUGGAGUGUUGGACUCCUGCAAGGGUUUUCUCUUCCUUUUGGGUUGGGAUUUUCGAAGGUCCUACAGCAAAGAUUUGUUUGAGGAGGUUAUUUCUAAAAUGAAGAAAGCAGGGAUCAAAUCUACUAUUGCUAUUGAAAAAUUCAAACUGCUUGCUGAGAAAGUAGAGCAGAUUGUAGCCAGGAAUGCGCGAGCGGAGCUGGAUUACAGUGAUGCACCAGAUGAAUUCAGAGAUCCCCUCAUGGACACACUGAUGUCUGAGCCUGUGCGGUUACCGUCUGGCACCAUAAUGGACCGUUCUAUCAUUCUGAGACAUCUACUGAAUUCCUCCACAGAUCCAUUUAACCGACAAACACUUACAGAGAACAUGCUUGAACCAGUGCCAGAACUGAAGGAAAGAAUCCAGGCUUGGAUGCGAGACAAGCAAAAUGCAGAUCAAUAGUGAUCCAUAACACUUGUGAGAUUAAUCAUGAUUCGAGGCUGCCUAUGCCGGAUGAGAUGGAAACCUGUAUAUAUAUUUAAAUAUCACAAGAAAUGACAUGUUCACAUGAAAGAUGGAGGGGGGUAUUUUCUUAAAAAGGGGCCAGCUUUUACAGUACAGAGGGCAAAAGACUUCUGCUUCUUAAAGGGCGGUCAGAGAACUUCAAGAUUUCUCAACAAACCUGUCAAAAGCCAACAGCAUCAAGAUAUUACUUGUCUGGGCUAUUAUUUUUCCUUUGCUGCUAUGUUUUUUUUUUUUUAUUAUUCAAGUUUGUCCCAAGGAUUUCCAGGAUUGGAGAAUUAGAGGGGAAAAAAAUGACACACAAUGAAAUCAAAUCAUCCUACACAAUUCACUACAGGCACCCUGAUUCAGGAACCGAGGCUUUGUGCGGCAAAAUGUGAUUCACAAGCUUAUUUUUAUAGCUAACUCAUUAAUAUAUAAAUACAUUUUAGUUAUGGGGGGGUUUGUUUUUUUAAAAAAGUUUUGCAUUACAAUAAACACGUGUAUAGUGUAUUAGCACAGGGGGCUUGUUAUUUUAUUUUCUCAGUUUUUUUAGGAAUUCAUGUGAAGAUUUAUUGGUUAUUGAUAUCACAGCACUGGGAAGGAACUGUUUUGAACUGCUGGCUUAAGGUUUGGGGAGUUAUCAGAUCUGCCAAGUUACAACUCCCUGCUUUGCAAUUCCCAAACCACGCGGUGGAGGAAUACCUCUGGCUUCAUGUGUGUGGAGUACCAGUUUGCAACCUUUAUUUAGCCUUACCAAAGUGAAUGGAUGCCAGUGAGUCUGGCAGGUGCAAGUUUUUUCUUUUUGCUUUGUUUUUUAUGAAUCCUUUUUGUAUUACUGCCCUCCAUGGCAUACUUGAAUUCCUGUACUAUCCUUGUGUGGGAAAGCAGGAAAGUUUUAACAUUUAAGCCUGUAAAAAAAUAAAGAAAAAAAAUCCCUCCUAUUUUUUUUCUCCAGAUCCCUUACAGAAUUACCCCCUUCCCUCUUCCUGUUCAGUCCUGGACUUUGAAAUUACAAUAAAUGGUGACGAUAUUACAUUUUCA